GGAUCACUCCUUGGCCAAGCAACGCAGCUACUGCCCAUGCUCUGUUUUGAAACAGUUUCGGAUCACACGGAGCCAAAGCCUGAGCCUGAGCCUGAGCCUGAGUUAUGCGCUUGGAUCCGUCACAUAUGGAUCUGAGACUGCAGCAUCGGUCUCGCCUACAUUCGUCUUCCGUCCUUGAGUCGCUGUCGUGAACCAACAACGAGGGAACCGAGGACAUGGCAGGGGAAGGCAGGGCAUUCCACGCUAGCCUCAGCGUCCGCUGUCAGAAACUGCACACGACAGUUCAUGUGGAGUUUAUGACACUGGGAGGGAGACCUUUCAGCACAGAACGAUGCCCUUCUGUUCAAGCAAAGCUGCAGAGCAGUUAGCCACUGUCCGUGCACUGUUGUAAACAAGAGGCAAGGCAGAGAGGAGUGGAUAUGGGAGGUGUCAGGGAUUGACUGCAAAUGAGUGACAUCCAUAAUUGCAGUUCACGGAAGAAGACCAUCUCGUUUCUGGUGUAGGGCCCUGGGAUCUUGCGAAAACAUUCGGGUCGCAUCAGUCUAAAUAUGGUCGCAGGAGCAAAUGCAUCAACAGCAUUUGCAGUUUGCAGAAUCUGGAAGUAAAAUAAAUUCUGUACAGUUGACACGUAUUGCGAGGGGAUGAAAAUAGAGCAAAUCACUCAACGCACACGAGAGCGAGAGCGAGAGCGAUUGACCACAGGGACAGCACAGGCUGAAUGCAGAAGCCACUGGUGGCAGGGGAUCUGUGUUCAUUGUUCAUAAGCACCGGAGAAAACAUUUAGCAUCUUUACAAGAAAAAGAAAUUGACAAAAACGCUAAGCAGCGUCCAUCUGCAGCGGAAAACGCAGCAUCGAAUUUGUGGAGCAAGGAUUGCAGACGAGGCGUCCGAGAACAAGAGAAGAAGACUAGAUCAGAGUUCUUGCUCAGCAGGAGGCGGUUCUGUGCUCUCAGCCGGCAGAAUUGAUUGAGCAACGUUGCAGUUCAAUGGAUUCCACCGGAAGGUCACCCCCAAACACAGAGCAGCAAGCAAGUGAAGUGACAGAUAUUCAUGUGUUUCCAGUGUUCGAGAAGGCAGCUGUCGGUUGUUGCUCCGCCAACAAUCAGGCUCGCCCGUCAUCGGCAUCGGAAUCGUCUGUUCCCGAGGAGGAGGAGAAGCUUGCUGCUGAUGAUGCUACAGAGUUGGAAAGGGCUCAAAUCAGCACUCUGAUAGGAGGACGAGGACGAGGAGGACCAGCGUCAGCGUCUAUGCUCCAGCAGCUGGUCGUCGAGAUGAAGGCCAUGCGCGAAGAGCAAGCAGCGCAGGGUCGGCAAAUGAUCUCUAUUCUCGAAAGUCUGGCCACGGAGCAAACUCGAAGCAACAAACUUCUGCAAGAAGCGCUUUAUUCUCAGAGCCACCACGACCGAGGACAAACUCAUUAUCACCAUCCCUACAUGGAGAAGCUGGCUACGAGCUUGGACACCGUCAGACGAGAGAUCGUAGAGAUCAAGCACAUUGCUGCUCGAUCUUCGCCAAAUCACAACAGCUGAAAGGGGAGCCAUCGAGCGAAAGAGCGCACUGAGCGGUCGUGAAAGGGGAAGUUUCAUGAAUCUGCAUCGCACAUCAGGCCUGCGUUCGACUGGACGACGUGAAAGAAGACACUCCAUCCCGUCCGCACAUGUGCACGUGCUGGAAGAUACUCGUCCUCAUAACCAGAGCAUCGGAAUUGCAUCGAAUCGCCGAUUAUCUACCCCAGUUCAAGACAUGAGUCCUGGAGGAGGAACCGAAAGAAGAAUUAGGGGACGAAGGAAGAAAGGAAGACCUGACGUGAACGGAACCGGAUCCAGGAACCAGUGGAGCAGUGGAGCAGUGCAUCUCUGCUUCAUUGGAAUCGAUCAUAAGAAUCGCUGAUCCGACUAAGUCAGGGUACAGAGUCGCUGUCCAAUCUUCAUGAGACCUGCUUGCCUUCUACAACAGCUCAGAUGCUCAGGGAUGUGAACUCACGGUCGCCAGCACGUUUGAUUGGAGUCGGGACGUGCCUCGGGUCCCUGGAAGAUCGAAUGGGCCUCACAGAUUGCUGGAGCACUUGAAUAAGAAAUGAAGGUAAUGAGAGAUGGCAUUAAUGCCAGGACUUCGAGCCGAGGACAACCAAAUCCCCAAUACUGCUUGAACGAACACUUACCAGUUACUGGCCCUGAUCCAGCAAGCUCAGGCCCUUGAUUUUCAGCCAUCGUGCCUCCUACCAAAGUCCAUCUGCCAGACAUGGCAAAUGGAGCGGAUACGGAGGGCCCCUACAAAUUGCAUCUCUCUGUUCUUCUCUAUCUCUGUUCGGCUCGCCUUUCUUCUACAGCCGAAUUUCGUGUCUGCACAGCCAAUCUUUCAGCGAGAGCUUUUGUUGAGUGAGAAGGAAGGGUCGGCAUCUCGAGAUGUUACGCCAGUUGGAUGUACUAAAAUCGUCGUGCUGUGCAAUUCGGAGAUUCGGAUCACAUGGUCGGUGAUGGUGCCAUUCCUACUUGCUGUCGAGAACAUUUUUGUCCCACAAAGGUUGGUUCGUUUUGAGCCGAAUUGUAAUCGACACUUAGUCCACAACGACAAGAUCAUAAUGAGGUUUUGAAUGCUAUAUCUUCAAUCGUCAGAAUUCACUCUUCCCUCGGCCUGACCAUGGUCGAAAAUUGAGUUCACUGCAAGUCUUCCAAUUCUUACCCAUUCCUAAGAGAGUUGCCACCUGCACAUGCAUUUGGACAAUCAAACGAUCAACUUUUCUCCACUUGCCCUCCGUCUUUAGACCUUCAUGGGAUGGGAUAAGAGAAGGUGACGUCCAAGGACUGAAGCUUCGACGUCACCCAGUGCAGCUUCUGUGCGAGAUAGAACAAGGAACUUGGAGUCACUUGGGCUGAGUGCAAUGCAGUACUGGACUGGACUGGACUCGAAUCAACAGUGGGUGGAAAUCGGAGAGAGGUUGCAAGUCUGAUUGU